CUCAAGCAUCCAUAUCCAAAACCCCGGCCCCCGGCUCUGAAGCAACAGCCGGCGAGAUGCAGAUCUUCGUGAAGACGCUGACAGGGAAGACGAUCACACUGGAGGUCGAGAGCAGGGACACGUUGGACAACGUCAAGAGUAAGAUCCAGGACAAAGAAGGUAUCUCGCCGGAGCAGCAGCGCCUCAUCUUUGCCGGGAAGCAGCUGGAGGACGGCCGCACCCUGGCCGACUACAACAUCCAGAAGGAGUCCACGCUCCACCUGGUUCUGCUCCUGCGUGGCGGCCGCGGUGGGAACGGCUGCUACCCCCGUAGCGUUGAUCUCAAUCUUCGGAACCUGGCGCUGCAGCACAACGAGAAGAAGAUGAUCUGCCGCAAGUGCUACGCAAGGCUUCCGACGAGGGCUACAAACUGCCGGAAGAAGAAGUGUGGCCACAGCAAUCAGCUGAGGCCCAAGAAAAAGCUAUCCCGGUGGCGAUAUUUACCAGUAGAAUCAGAUGCCGCAGCGUCACAUCAGAGUAUUUGA